CUGGUCUAGCAAUUGCAUCAAGACAGUGAAUCAGAAAGGUUUCUUCACUUGAGGUCAAAGGUGAAGCCUGCGGGCCCUAUAAAACCUCCCUGGUUCAGCACUCCUCACCAGUGCCAGCUUCUUGUUCCAGCUCCGUGCUCCUGUGUCUUGAGAAGGGUUAACAGUGACGUUGGGAAGAUGACUAAGCUGGAAGACCACCUGGAGGGGAUCAUCAAUAUCUUUCACCAGUACUCAGUUCGGGUGGGGCAUUUUGACACCCUCGUCAAGAGUGAGCUGAAGCGGCUGCUCACAAAGGAACUGGCCAACACCAUCAAGAAUACCAAAGAUCAAGCCACCAUUGACAGAAUAUUCGAAGGUCUGGAUACUGAUCGAGACGGACAAGUCACGUUCAGUGAAUUCAUAGCCCUGGUGGCCAGCGUGCUGGAGACUGCCCACGAAAAUAUCCACAAAGAGUAGGAAGCUCGGAGAGGCUUCUCCCUGCGAUGUCCCCAAGAAUAACCAAGUGGAGUGAGAGUUAAUAAAUGUAUUCUUGAACCGUU